UUCGCCUAACAGCAGAUCAGAAAGACAUGGAUGAAAAUAUUUGUCUCUUUAAAAGGAAGAAGGGGGGGAAAAAGGAAGAAGAAGAUGAGGAGGAGGGGGGGAAAACUCCAGAGACGGAUCCGAGGGCUCCCAAAACGAGGAAAAAUGGAAACGCGGUGGAUCUUGAAGCUGUUUCAGACAGUCUCAACUGAUAGACAGACGCAUCGAGUGGCUUUUCCUGCUACAUUUUUACUCCUCCCCUCUCCACAAGCGUCACCCCUGACAGAGGAGCCUACCUGUCAAUCUUUUUAAUUGUCUUGUUUUCUCCCCCUUUUCCCUCUCUGCAUUUCUCUUUCCCUGAUUCUUCUCCAUUUGCUUUUAAAAUCCCUAAACCUCCUACAAGAAGGAAAGGAGCCUUUCGGAACUUGAGUUCGACAAAAAGAAAAACACCAACUUGCACGAGCACGUAGCAACUACAAUAAGUACUUUACAAUUUAGAUAUUAGGUUUAGCUUCUCAUUGCGUCGCAGUGACACGGCAUGAGUUAGGAGCUUGACUCCCAGGGUGGGUGGGACAAAAAGGGUUCAACAGUCCAAACAUCUUGUGGGAGUGCUGUUACAUGAUUUAAGGGGGGGAAACAAAAGUCUCGAAGCUUCCAGAAAAUGACAGUCAGAUGACACAGCUACAUGAGAGCUGAAAGGGAUUAAAUAAGUACACUUUUAGAAAUCUCUUAUAUUUGCUUUGGUUACAGGUGUAACCGACAACAGUUCUCCAAAUAGAAAUAAAACAGGAGCGCAUCUGCGCAGCACGCCACGUGGGUGACAUAUAUGUAGCCUAAAUGUGCACUUCUGUGUAUGUGUACGUGUGUUUCAACAUAUUGAACAAGAUUCGGCGGGUUUGUCUUUCCGUGGCUGAGGAUACGCUGAGAGAUGAGGAUUGAUUUGUUUCACCUUACUAGGAAGUGAGUGUUGUGUCCGGGAAGGGGAGGGACUCCAACGACAAGUCUGAGGCGCUGCUGUGCGUCCUCCCAAGCUGCGACACUGCUUCACUUUAAUGCUAAAAACAGGGUUUUCUGCUUGCAUUUUAUUUGCUAAGCCUCACAUCUCUAAACAUAGUGAAUUCAAGUUGUUUAAACGCGCGUUUGUUAAGGAUCAUCUCGGCCCGGCCUGGCCUGGUCUGCACGUUUUACAUGUGCAGAGGAGAAAAAAAGAGCCUGUAGCGCAUGCUAAUGGUAGUUGUGUUUAUUACUGCCAGCAACAACACGUCAAGUUGAACUUUGUCACAAUUCGGAGCCAUGUCCGGUCGACUGCUGGUGAGAAGCAGCGGGAGAGCUGCGUCCGCUGUCGGCUGGGGGCGCAGAGGCACCGACGCACUUUCAGGAGUUCAUCCGGUUACGAGGCGCUUCAUCAUAGAUAUGUCCUACUCAGCGCACUUCAUGGAUUUUAAAGGAUCCUCCAUACCGAGCAGCAUGAAAAAGCUGGUCGUAACCAAGCUCAGUCCCAAUUUCCGAGAGGCCGUUUCUCUGCAAACCGCCGCGGUUCCGACACCCGGAGACGCAGAGCUGCUCAUCAAAAAUCGUUUUGUGGGAAUCAACGCCUCUGAGAUUAAUCAUUCUGCAGGUCGCUACGACCCUUCAGUGAAGCCUCCCUUUGAUGCCGGUCUUGAGGGUAUUGGUGAGGUUGUCGGCCUCGGCCUUAGCGCUAGUUCCCAAUACACCAUCGGGGACACUGUGGCCUACUUCAGCAGAGGCUCAUUUGCUGAGUACACGGUGGUACCGGCUAAAGAAUGCGUGCCUGUUCCCUCUGUGAAGCCGGAGUUCCUCACCCUGCUGGUGAGCGGUUCCACAGCCUACAUCGCCUUGAAGCGUCUGGGCGACCUGGCGAAAGGGGAGACUGUCCUGGUCACAGCGGCUGCAGGGGGAACUGGACAGUUUGCCGUGCAGUUUGCUAAGCAAGCUGGCUGCCACGUCAUCGGGACUUGCUCAUCUAAUGAAAAAGCCGGCUUCCUUAAAUCCAUCGGUUGUGACAGACCGAUAAACUACACCACAGAAGAUCUGGCUAAGACGCUAAAGAAAGAGUACCCAAAAGGCAUAGAUGUGGUGUAUGAGUCAAUCGGAGGAAGUGUUUUAGAGCUCGCAGUGAACAGUUUGGCUCGUAAAGGCCGGCUGAUAGUGAUUGGUGUCAUCUCCGGGUACCAGACAGAAUCAGGGAUCCCACCUUUCCAGGGAGGAACGCUGCCAGUCAAGCUGCUAAUGAAGUCGGCCAGCAUUCGUGGUUUCUUCCUGCCCCACUUCCAGAGUGACUACAAGGAGGCUCUGAGCAGCAUGAUGCAAAUGUUGGCCAAUGGGAAGCUGGUGUGUGAGGUGGAUUGCGGUGAUAUGGCGCAGGAAGGGAGAUUUGAGGGCUUGGAGUCCGUUUUCCGGGCUGUGGACUACUUGUAUGCUGGGAAAAAUGUGGGCAAAGUGGUGGUAGAAGUGACCCCACCAACUGUUAGUAGUAGCAAGCUGUGAUUUAACUGAUAAUGCACUAAAUAUAUCAUAUUUGAAUGUAGUAGAUAAGCUGCUUAUAACCAAAAAUUGAACACUUUUUCAAGGAAACAUUCAGAAAAAUAAUUAUUUUUGAAAUCUGCAAUAAAGACUUGGUUAUUUUAUUGUA